AUAUCCAAAACCAAAAGGGAGACUAAUUAGAAGAAGAAUGGGGUCACUAGGAGAAGAACCACAAGUAACAGAAGACUGCAUGGGUUUGCUUCAACUCCUAAGCAACGGCACUGUUUUAAGAUCCGAGAGCAUUGACCUUAUCACUCAACAAAUCCCAUUCAAAACCCACCAAACCGUUCUUUUCAAAGACUCAAUCUAUCACAAACCAAACAAUCUUCACCUCCGUCUAUAUAAACCCAUUUCCGCCUCUAACCGUACCGCCCUCCCUGUCGUGGUCUUCUUCCACGGCGGGGGGUUCUGUUUCGGCUCACGUUCUUGGCCUCACUUUCACAACUUCUGUCUAACUCUUGCAUCUUCCCUUAACGCACUUGUGGUCGCACCGGACUACCAGCUAGCACCCGAACACCGUCUCCCGGCUGCCUUUGAGGAUGCCGAGGCGGCUCUCACAUGGCUCCGGGACCAAGCUGUUUCCGGUGGUGUGGACCACUGGUUUGAAGGUGGAAUAGACGUUGACUUUGACAGGGUUUUUGUUGUGGGUGAUUCUUCCGGUGGGAACAUGGCUCAUCAACUGGCUGUCCGGUUCGGAUCCGGUUCAAUCGAGUUGACACCGGUUCGGGUUCGCGGUUACGUUCUCAUGGGGCCGUUUUUUGGCGGGGAGGAGAGGACUAACUCCGAGAAUGGCCCCUCUGAAGCUUUGCUCAACUUGGAUUUGCUUGACAAGUUUUGGAGAUUGUCACUACCAAAAGGUGCAACAAGAGAUCAUCCCAUGGCUAACCCUUUUGGACCGACGAGUCCAACACUCGAAUUAAUUAGCAUAGAGCCAAUGUUGGUGAUUGUCGGCGGCUCAGAACUCUUGAGAGAUAGGGCCAAAGAGUAUGCAUAUAAAUUAAAGAAGAUGGGAGGAAAAAAGGUAGAUUACAUUGAAUUCGAAAACGAGGAGCAUGGUUUCUACUCGAACAAUCCAUCUUCCGAGGCUGCAGAACAAGUUCUUCGAGCUAUAUUGGCGCUAGUUUCGUGUUCGUGGAUCUGGACUACGGAGAUAGUUGUAUCGUCCCGUAGGGAUGUGGUUAGAUGUUGUGAUUGUGGAUGUGAUUGCUCUCUGAAUGAUGCUUCUCCGGGUUCUUUGCUUCGGUCUGUGAAGAGAAAAUACGAGGAAUUUGAGAAUGAGAAACCAUUUCACAUACCGGAGCUGGAGCUGGACUUGUCUUCCAAUGCUAAAGUCCAGAUUGAGAAUGAAUUGGAACUGCUAAGGGAGACUAUUAGCAGCCAACAGCAGUCGAUUCAAGAUUUGUAUGAGGAGCUUGACGAAGAGCGGAAUGCUGCAUCGACCGCUGCAAGUGAGGCGAUGUCUAUGAUAUUGAGGUUGCAGAGGGAAAAAGCUGAACUCCAAAUGGAAUUGAGACAGUUUAAGCGGUUUGCUGAGGAGAAAAUGGAGCAUGAUCAGCAAGAGCUUUUGGAUCUGGAAGAUUUGAUAUAUAAGAGGGAGCAGACAAUUCAGGCUUUGACAUAUGAAGCUCAGGCUUAUAAGCAUAGAAUGAUGAGUUUUGGGCUCACUGAGGACGAGGUUGAAACGGAGAAGAACAUGCUUAGCCGUAACCCGAGCAUGAUCGACAAUGAUUACCAAUAUGAUCUCCCUACAUCUGAUUACCCUCCUAUAAAGUGCAAUGUGAAUGAAAAUCCAGGUCCCCUGGAGGCUGAUAUUGAUGUUGAUGAUGUUGAAAAGUAUCCAUUGGCUGAUUCACCUCGUGGCCGAGAUAAUUUGAAGACUUUGGAACGAAGGAUAAGUCAGAUGGAGAGAAAUCCUAGCUUUACUCAAUCUACUGGUGGUGAUGUAUCCGGAGGGAGAUAUUAUACAGAGAAGAUGGUUGUUGGUCAGAGUCCUAGGCAUCAGAGACACUUCAGGAGGGUUUCCACUGGUAGUUCAAGUUCACUUUUGGGAACAACUAGGGAACAAAGGCCUGAUUUUUCCAAUGAUUCCCCAAGGUCCAACAAUGGUAGUUUCAAGAAAAUGGAAGAUCCCUCAUAUGCAGCUGGUAAUUCCUUUGCAAAGGAUAAGGGUGACUCAUCGGAAAUAGGAGAUAAUGACAUGAAUGAUAGAGUUUAUACCAUUGACUCUGUCCAUCACGGUGUAUCUCAUAGUGGUGCUGCUGAACAAAACUUUAAGAAUGACACUACUGAUGGUUAUGUGAUGUCUCCGAGAGAAAUAUCGAAUCAACCGGAUCUUGGUGAUCCUGAUAUAUCGAAACUCUACAUGCGACUUCAAGCACUAGAGGCUGACAGGGAAUCAAUGAGACAGGCAAUUAUGUCGAUGAGGACUGAGAAAGCACAGAUGGUUCUGUUGAAAGAAAUUGCCCAACAUCUGUCAAAGGAUGUUGUCCCAGAACGUAGAUUGCCUAUGCGGAAAGCAUCUGUUGUUGGAGCAUUCAAUUUCAUAUCUGUCUUUAAGUGGAUCACAUCUUUUGUUUUCUGGAGAAAAAAGGCUCGUCGAAGCAAAUACAUGAACGGGGUGCAAGGGAACAACAUGGGAUUGCAAAUGCUUCUAGAAAAGACUCCUCGAAUACGGCAAUGGAGAUGUCUAUCAAGCACACAAGUAUAUGAACCCUCGCGGUUGUUAAAACCCAAAACCCUCGCCGCUAAAGCUGAUUCUCCGUCAAACAUGCCAAAGUCCAAGAAUCUGUUGCUAACCUCUAAGCGACGUAAAUCCAAAUCCAAAAAACAAAAGCUCAUUCGCCAUGAAUCUGAGUCUCUGUUUCCAAAGAAGGCACUAAAUGAGGUAGAAGAUGAAGAUGAAGGAGGUUUCAAGCUGAAAAUUGCAGCUCCUUCUCAAGAGCAUGGAGUUCAACCUCUCGGAAACCUGUAUUUCAAUCCUGGUUCUGUCAAUGUGCGAAACACUGGAUUAGGUAAUCUCCAGAUACUCUCGGAUGAGCUCGUUUUGGAUAUUCUAGGUCUUCUUGGGGCGACUCAUUUGGGUAUUUUGGCUACUGUAACCAAAUCUUUCUAUAUUUUUGCCAAUCAUGAGCCUCUCUGGAGAAAUCUUGUGUUGGAAGAGCUAAAAGGAGAGUUUUUGUUUAAUGGGUCGUGGAAAUCUACCUAUGUAGCUGCUUACCAUCCGAAAUUUCAGUUUUCUGGAGAUGGUGAAUCGAAUUUGAAGAUUGUAGAUUUCUAUUCUGAUUAUUUGUUUCAGAGCUGGUUGUGUGCAAAUCUCGAAAUGAAACCGAAAUGGCUUAGAAGAGACAAUAUCACACGGGUGAGAGGCAUUUCUGUUGAAGAAUUCAUUACCAAGUUUGAGGAGCCGAAUAAGCCUGUUUUGUUGGAGGGAUGUUUGGAUGGUUGGCCUGCUAUUGAGAAAUGGUCAAGAGAUUAUUUGAUUAAGGUGGUUGGGGAUGUCGAAUUUGCGGUUGGUCCAGUUGAAAUGAAGCUCGAGAAAUAUUUUAGGUAUUCUGAUGGAGCUAGGGAAGAAAGGCCUUUGUAUUUGUUUGAUCCAAAGUUUGCAGAGAAAGUUCCGGUUUUGGAUUCGGAGUAUGAUGUUCCUGUCUAUUUCAGAGAGGACUUAUUUGGUGUUUUAGGAAACGAGCGACCUGAUUAUAGAUGGAUCAUAAUUGGCCCAGCCGGAUCAGGAUCGUCUUUCCACAUUGAUCCUAACUCAACAUCCGCUUGGAAUGCGGUGAUUACAGGGUCAAAAAAAUGGGUUUUGUUCCCACCAGAUGUGGUUCCUCCGGGUGUGCAUCCAAGUCCUGAUGGAGCUGAAGUGGCCUGUCCUGUUUCCAUAAUAGAGUGGUUCAUGAACUUUUAUGAUGAUACUAAGGAUUGGGAGAAGAAACCUAUUGAGUGUAUAUGCAAAGCCGGAGAGGUGAUGUUUGUACCGAAUGGAUGGUGGCAUCUGGUGAUUAACCUGGAGGAAUCGAUUGCUAUUACUCAGAAUUAUGCUAGCAGGAGGAAUUUGUUGAAUGUGUUAGAAUUUCUGAAGAAACCGAAUGCUAAAGAGCUUGUCUCCGGAACAACUGACAGAGAGAAUUUACAUGACAAAUUCAAGAAGGCCAUUGAAGGAGUUUACCCAGGGACUAUCCAAGAGUUAGAAAAGAAAGCAGAAGAAGCGAAAAGAGCCGAAGAACAAAGAGUUUCGUUCUGGGACUCUGCCAAAGCUGAUUCUUUCAAAAUGAGUAACAUUGUGCUCAACACACUUCGUUUCAAACACCCGAAGCUUGCCUUGCUCCAAUCCUGCUCUUCCUUCUCCGACCUCAAGAUAAUCCAUGGCUUUCUCUUACGAACCCAUCUCAUCUCCGACGUCUUUGUUGCCAGUCGUCUUCUCGCUCUCUGCGUUGACGACUCCACCUUCAACAAACCCACCAAUCUCUUGGGAUAUGCGUACGGAAUCUUCUCUCAGAUUCAAAACCCUAAUCUUUUCGUCUUCAACGUACUCAUUCGCUGCUUCUCCACUGGCGCAGAACCUAGAAAAGCUUUUGGGUUCUAUACUCAAAUGUUGAAAUCUCGCAUUUGGCCAGAUAACAUCACGUUUCCGUUUCUGAUUAAGGCGUCUACUGAGAUGGAGUGUGUGAUGGUGGGAGAGCAAACGCAUUCACAGAUUGUUAGAUUCGGAUUCCAGAAUGAUGUUUAUGUAGAGAAUUCUCUUGUUCAUAUGUACGCUAAUUGUGGGUUGAUCGCUGCUGCUGAUAGAAUCUUUGGGCAAAUGCCGUUUCGAGAUGUGGUUUCAUGGACUUCUAUGGUGGCUGGGUAUUGCAAAUGUGGGAUGGUUGAGGAUGCACGAGAGAUGUUCGAUGAAAUGCCACACAGAAAUUUGUUUACUUGGAGUAUCAUGAUCAAUGGGUAUGCGAAGAACAACUCUUUUGAGAAAGCCAUUGACUUGUUCGAACUCAUGAAAAGGGAAGGAGUUGUCGCGAAUGAGACGGUUAUGGUGAGUGUGAUUUCAUCUUGUGCUCAUUUGGGUGCGCUUGAGUUUGGAGAAAGAGCACAUGAGUAUGUGGUUAAGAGUCACAUGACUGUGAAUCUUAUUCUUGGGACAGCUCUUGUGGAUAUGUAUUGGAGGUGUGGGGAAAUCGAGAAAGCAAUUCAUGUAUUUGAGGAAUUGCCUGACAAGGAUAGCUUGAGCUGGAGUUCGAUAAUCAAAGGUCUAGCGGUGCACGGACAUGCUCACAAGGCAAUUCAUUACUUCUCCCAAAUGAUUAGAUUAGGGUUUAUCCCAAGGGAUGUUACACUCACAGCGGUUCUUUCAGCUUGCAGCCACGGUGGGUUAGUUGAUAAAGGUUUAGAAAUAUAUGAGAACAUGAAAAGGGAUUAUGGGAUCGAGCCUAGACUCGAGCAUUAUGGUUGCAUUGUUGACAUGCUUGGCCGUGCUGGGAAAUUAGCCGAAGCUGAGAACUUUAUCCUUAAAAUGCCGGUGAAGCCAAAUGCUCCUAUAUUGGGAGCAUUGCUUGGAGCAUGUAAGAUUUAUAAGAACACAGAGGUCGCAGAGAGAAUAGGAAACAUGUUGAUAGAGGUGAAACCAGAACAUAGCGGUUACUAUGUCUUGCUCUCAAAUAUAUACGCGUGUGCAGGACAAUGGGAUAAAAUAGAGAGCUUGAGAGACAUGAUGAAGGAGAAGCUUGUUAAGAAACCACCAGGGUGGAGCUUAAUAGAGAUUGAUGGGAAAAUAAACAAGUUCUCCAUGGGAGAUGAUCAGAAGCAUCCUGAAAUGGGUAAGAUCAAAAGGAAGUGGGAAGAGAUCUUGGGGAAGAUAAGAUUGAUAGGGUAUAAAGGAAACACAGAUGAUGCGUUUUUCGAUGUAGACGAAGAGGAGAAGGAGACUGCGAUUCAUAUGCAUAGCGAGAAACUUGCAAUUGCAUAUAGUAUGAUGAAGACUAAGCCUGGUACAACCAUUAGGAUAGUGAAGAACUUAAGGGUAUGUGAGGAUUGUCAUACAGCAACAAAGCUUAUCUCUGAGGUUUAUGGUAGAGAGUUUAUUGUAAGAGACCGCAACAGGUUUCAUCAUUUUAGAAAUGGAUUAUGUUCAUGCAGAGAUUAUUGGUGACAGUCUUUGUUUUAGUAGUUCUUGUAGCGUUUUUUUUUUUUUUUUUUAAUAGCACAGCACAAGUUUACAUAGUUACAUUAGUAUGUUUAUUCUUUUCUGUUUUCGUAACAAAAAUGAUUUUUUUUUUUUGGUAGCAGAUUUGUAAUUUAAAAGAAAACUUGGUAAACUUCUUUCUGUAUUUUUGAGUAAAUCUUUCUUUUUAGC